AUGGGGAAGACAGCAUAUGAUGCCUGGAGAUACUCUUACGCUUCAGUUCUAGCAUUUGGGACUCUCGGCAAUAUUCUUGUAAUCAUUUCCAUACUAAGACAAAAGAGAGUAUUGAAGAACAACUACUACUUUCUUGUUCUACAUCUUGCCAUAUCUGAUCUGGGAGCACUAAUCAUUUUCCUUUGUGAUGUCAAAAAAGGAAUUGUUAAAGUUUCCACCUGGUAUUGUGGUUUCUCUGCUACAUCUUAUCUCUUUGAAGUCGCAGGAAUAGGUAUGAUGUUGGUCAUUUCAGUCCUUCGUUAUCGCGCUACUGUACAUCCCUUAAAACCUGCCAUCAGUCGACGCAAAUUGAAAGUCGUGUGUGGUUUGGUGUACCUUUGUGGCUUGAUUGCAGGUUAUGGAGCAUAUGUGCCGGAAUGCUUUUUGCUGAACGACCCCUAUUGGAAAUUUCGUAAUGCAUGCUCAAUAUUCUUCUUUAACGUCCCAACAAUAUUUAUGGCUGUAGCUUAUUAUAAAAUAAGUCGCGCACUGAUCAAACAAAACAGAUACAUGAAAAGCAUAUAUUCAAAUCCAGUGACACGAAGUGCGCCUGGCUCUUCCUUCAAUAUCCUGAGAUUUGUACAAAAUCGACGAACUUUCCUUGUUUGUCUCAUUACCAUUCUAUGUUUUGGAGUUGGAAAUAUUCCUAUGUCUGUGAAUUUGCUUUUUAUCCUCGCUGAAGAACAUCAUCAAGAUAUGAAAAAAUUUUGGAUUUACUAUUUGGCAUCUGUUCUGAGAGUUGCUGGUACGCAUUCAGUAAAUCCUCUCAUAUAUGGAGUAUUGGACAAAAAAUUGCUCACCUUUUGGAAACUUUGUCGCAAGAAGAAACCGAGAACACAGGAAAAUUAG